AUAGCCAUGUGUCAGUUCAGUUUUGAUCGAGGCAAAUUUGGAAAUUUUGGACUAUUGACUUAAAUAUUUCUUAAAUUUUUUAAAAAAAUACUCAAAAAUACUCCAGUUUUAAACGUUAACCUUAUAUUUGUAUUUAUAAAAUCAAAAUGGAUAGCUCUUCAAUAAGAGGACGUUUUAGUUUGAGUACAACAAAUUUAUCCAGUCCAAUAGCAGAAUCUACAUGCUUAAACGGUGUCAGCUCACGUUCAAAAUUCAACUGGGGAGAAGGAACAAUCAGCUCAAGGAGCCGAAAUAAUUCACUUUCAGUCAAUGAACAAAGUAGUUCCAUGUCCAAAAAUUUAACUAACAUACCAACAAAAGUUUCAAUGUCUCCAUCAUCACGAAUCGAUCCAAGAACGUAUGUUGACAUACAUAGCAAUGGAUUAGCGUCAAGGAUUGUAAAGUAUCAUGAUAAUAGUGCUCGACUAAAUCGAUCUCUGUCUAUGACUAAUUUAUAUAACAAACCAGGACAGUUUCCAGUUGUGCAUUUAAAAAAAAACGAACAACAAUACAAAGCAAAAAAGACAAAGAACCUUUCUAUGACCAGAAUAGCAGCUCCAGAGAAAUCGGUUUUCCAUGGAAAUACACUUUCAAGUAUACUGCGAUCAGGUUCCAUUGUAGGAUUGCAGAAAAGUGAUGAAGAAAUUUCGCGAGAAAAUCGUCCUAUACUUCAUCCACCACCCACAGAAAAUGAAAUGGCUCCGACGAGAAGUGUCCUUGAAGUUCUGAAAGAAAUCUCAAGAAAAAGAAUAAAUAGCGAUGAAAUGGAUGGAACUGAACUCACCAAAAAACAAUGCAAAGAAACCGAACAGGACUCAACUUUGAAUACCAUCCAUCGCACACAAACCAAACGGCAGCGUGAAAUUACGAACUCGUCAUCGAAUUCACAAAUAUCACCUGAGCAACAAGUUAUAAAAAAGCGUAUGUGUAAUUACAACAAUGACAUAAUGAGUUCCCUCAGCUCGAGCAUGGCGAGUGUAAAUAAAAGAAAAAUGCUCGAAAUCCAAUCUCAGAAACGUACUUCUUUUGAUUCGGGUUCGUUGAGUGCAAACACUGUUUCUGGAGACUAUGAAAUUUCAAGGAAUGAAAAACUCAGAUGCGUUGCGAAUUCCGAAAUACAGAACUUAGCUCCCUCUUCAAAAUCUACACAAAUGAAUUCAAUAUCUAGUGCACCAUAUCAAAGUGCUAGCGAAUUAGAUGGCGACUGCGACACCAGGAAUGGAAUCGUUAUGAGAAGAGCUUCAGAACCUGCAUUGAGUAGCACGAAGCCGAAGCUCACACUUUUUAAUAAAAACUAUGAUGAAGUACCGACAAUACUUGGCAAUGAUAACGCUGAGUCUAAAGAGGAUGGAGACUUAUGUGGAAUACAAUUUGUAAAACCAAAAAAGAGUAGCUCUUUAUCAUCUGGCGGUUUAUUGCUUAUGGAAAAGACUAAAAAAUCAAAACUGGCCUUGAUGUUAAGUGGACUCAAGGGUGAAUUAGACGAAGGAGACGAAGUAGACGCUGAACAGCCAAAACAAGAAGAAAACAGUGUAAUUGUAUCGUCUGUUACUACACAAGUCAUUUCAACUUCGAAUAUUUCGAGUUCUACUUCUUUAUUUACAACAACACCAACAUUAGUGGUUACGUCACAACCAAGUGUAACAAGUAAAUCAAGUGUUGAAGAUUCUGCAAAUAAAAAAUCUGAAGUUACCAGCAGCUCAAAUUUGACUUCAAUAGCCGUUACCUCAACCACCUCAACAGCGUCCAGUGGAUUCAAAAUAAACCCUAUUGCGGUGCAAUCUACCUCUUCAAUAGCUGCAGCACAAGUCACUGUACCAACGAUUACAACUUCUUCUUCAAUAUCUACAAUUACUAGCACUUCAGCUUCAACUCCUGUUAUUGGUGGAUUCAGCUUUGGUCUAAGUGCACCCAAGACGUCUGAAGCAACUACAACUUCAGCGCUGAUAUUGCCGGAGUCAUCAACUACAUCGCAAGCUAAUGGUUCAACCUUAACAACAACAUCAUCACCCGUGGCUUUAUCGGGCAAGAAUUCUAUCAUGGGUAUAAAAUCAUUUGGAUUCGGUCCAGCAACAACACAACCUUCUGUGUCUACUACCCCUACUUUUAAUUUUGGGGCACCAACCACAACUACAAUACCAGCAGUUGUUUCUGCUACAAAAGAACCAGCAGCUACUAAUACGUUUGGAAUUUUGACAAAAUCAAACGAAUCAUCUUCAUCAGCAAUUGGACAACCUUCAGGGACAACAUUACCGACUUUCUCUUUUGGUUCACUGGCAGAAGCAAAGACAAUAACAAAUACAUUGACAACACAAACAGCUUCUGCAGCACCCACCAGUGCAUUAACAACAAACUUUGACUCACAAAAGAACACAUGGAGCACACCAACUAAUUCGACUCCCGCAAAUAUUAACCCAAUUAAUAGUAUUCCUGUAUUCGGAGGAGCAGGAGGCGUAUCAAAUUUACCUCAUUCAACCACUUCAACAAAUUCAACCGGAGGCUUUUCGUUUAGCAAUUCUUCUAUGACUGGUGCUGAGAAUCCCAUAUUUGGAAACACCGCUACAGCAAGCACAACGUCCACAAAUUCAAACACGACGUUCUCGUUUUCUGCUAACAAAACUCCGCCUAACCCGACCAACAAAAUUAGUACUUUUACUUUUGGUGCAGGAGCUUCGUCAUCCCCUGCAGCUGGAGCUGCUCCUAAUACAGCAUCGACAUUUGGAAGCAAUAUACCUGCUGCAACUGCUCCUAAUACAGCACUCACAUUUGGUUCCACGGUGCCUCCUGCAGCCGCUAAUAGUAGUCCACAAAAUGUUUUUGGCAACACACCCAAUCUCAAUGCGAAACCAUCAAAUGCAUUUACUUUUGGCUCUUCUGGUCCCAGUGCACCUGCGCAGAAUGGAGUGUUUGCGUUCUCGUCGACUGAAAAACCUAGUACCACAGCUCCUACAGGUGCUAGUUCUGUUGGAGGAUUUUCUUUCAAUAAUCCAUCAUCAUCAUCCAUCAAUUUUGGUAAAGUUGCGGAGCCUAGCAAAAAUAUCUUUGGAAGCGUUGCACCUGCUGUAGCUGACACAAAGCCAGCCUUCAAUUUUGGUUCAUCUGCCCCCAAUCCAAGCACAGAUAAACCUGCAGUUUUUGGUGGAGCUGCAAAUAUUUUUGGUGCAGCAAAUUCUACACCAUCCACACCUCAAAGUUCGGCCUUUACUUUCAGUUCAACAUCUAAUGCAACUACAAAUCAGGGGCAAAGUACACCAAAUCCCUUUGCACCUGCUCAAACAUCAAAUAUAACAGGUAGUGUAGGGCCUUCAACCGUAUCGAAUUCAAUUUUUGGAGCCCCAUCGUCGGCUGUUCCACCAGUGGCGCAAUCCUCAGCUUUCACUUUUGGUGCGAGUUCCAAUAACACAAAACAAGAAGCUAUGAAGCCAGCAGGAGGCUUUGUUUUUGGCAGCACUUCGUCAAUUGGUAGUAACGCUUCAAAACCUACUGUGGAUAUGAGCAAAACAUUUGUCUUUGGAGAUGGCAACACAAUUAUCAAACCGGCUCCGUCAUCAACAAACGUUUUUGGUAACAGUGCAACCAGCAGCAGUAUCAAUGGUGGCGGCGCCGGCACCACAGAAAACAAAAUGUUUUCGUUUGGAUCAAAUGCUGGCGGAAGUAAUAAUACAUUUACAGCUGGAAGUCAAACAAUGAAUCCAGCUCCAGCUUUUAAUUUUGGAGGAAGUACAGCACCAACGAAUAAUGCAGCGCAAGCUCCAAAUGGUAACUAUUUUACACAACCAGAAGCCCGACCCUUCAAAAAAGCAACACGUCGCCUACACAAGACAUAGACUUAAGAGACUCUGUUCUUUUAGGUUGUAAUUUUUUGGAUUAAAGCUCUUUAAGGUGUAUUUUUGUAGUACAUAUGUUGUGGUUGUUUCAAUAUAAAAUAAAAUACUGAUUCAAAACAUA